CCCAACCUCUUUUGAUUACCUUUCGUGCGGCGCUUUCUCUUUGCAAUCGCUGUGACUGUACUUAGAGGUGACCUCGAGGAGGGAGGACUGUUGGUACUAUUAUCGCCAUGUCCAAACCACUCAGAGUGCUCGUGACUGGUGCUGCUGGACAGAUUGCAUACUCUCUACUCCACAGCAUUGCUAAGGGUGAUGUCUUUGGAGCAGAUCAGCCACUUGUUCUUAUUCUAUUGGAUAUCACACCUAUGAUGACUGUAUUGGAUGGUGUACUUAUGGAAUUGCAAGACUGUGCUUUUCCUCUGUUAAGAGAGGUAAUUGCAACCGACAAGGAAGAUGUUGCAUUUAAAGAGCUUGAUGUAGCCAUCCUUGUUGGCUCCAUGCCAAGGAAAGAGGGCAUGGAACGGAAAGAUCUCCUCAAGGCAAAUGUGAAAAUUUUUAAAUCCCAGGGUGCAGCACUGGACAAAUAUGCAAAGAAAACUGUUAAGGUUCUUGUGGUAGGCAAUCCAGCAAAUACCAAUUGCCUGAUUGCCUCAAAAUCUGCUCCAUCCAUACCAAAAGAGAAUUUCAGCUGUUUAACUCGUCUGGAUCACAAUAGAGCUAAAUCUCAGAUUGCUUUGAAAAUUGGUGUGACUGCCAAGGAUGUAAAGAAUUGCAUCAUCUGGGGAAAUCACUCCUCUACUCAAUAUCCAGAUGUUAACCAUGCAAAGGUGAAAGUGCAAGGAAAGGAUGUUGGAGUUUAUGAAGCUGUGAAAAAUGAUAAUUGGCUCAAGGGUGACUUCAUUACAACUGUUCAGCAGCGGGGUGCAGCUGUUAUUAAGGCCAGAAAGUUAUCAAGUGCAAUGUCAGCAGCCAAAGCUAUCGGUGACCAUAUGAGAGACAUUUGGUUUGGUACUCCAGAAGGGGAAUUUGUUUCCAUGGGUGUUAUUUCUGAUGGAAAUUCCUAUGGUAUCCCUGAAGAUCUGAUCUAUUCCUUUCCUGUUGUAAUAAAGGAUAAAACAUGGAAGUUUGUUGAAGGCCUUCCUAUUAAUGACUUUUCCCGUGAGAAGAUGGAUUUGACUGCCAAAGAAUUAACUGAGGAAAAGGAGACUGCUGUGGAGUUUCUGUCCAGUGCAUGACUAGGUGCUCAUCAGGAUGUGGCAGGAGAUGACUUAAACACUGAGGAGUCUAAAAGUCGUCUCUAAAUUCAGUAUCAAAUGCUGUUACUGUAUCAUUCACUGUAGCUGCAUUCACAUGUUGGUACAUCUGUGCCUAUUAUUGAGUGCUCUUAGUUUUGAGGUGGUUGCACAACCUGCUUCAGAAGUAGUUUGCAGACUUGACCAAAUCGUCCUCAUUUAUUAUCGUUUGCUUCUUGUAUUACAUAGUAUAUCAAUUACUUGGCCUCAGUGACUACAAGACUAGCAGCCUUUCAGCUUGAAUUACACUAAAACUAAAAGCUGAUGACAUAGAAUGGGCUGUAGCACUGUAUUGAACAAGUACAAUUAGAUUCACCAGUGGUCUUUAUAAAAGUAUAUAACAGCCUGUAUUUCUAUUACUAAAAUCUCUACGUAAGAAAUGCAUUAUUGACUACAGUGAAUGUACUAUGUGUUGGCCAUUGUUGACUCACGGAUCUUACUGGAAACUACAUUAAAGGUUGAGUAAGCA